AUGAAUAAAACUUCAAAUGCUGCUAUUGCAGCAGCUUCUGCUCAAGCAGCAGCAGCUGUAAAUAUAAAUCAAAAUUCCAAUAAUUCUUCAGUUGUUGGUUUACAUUAUAAAAUUGGUAAAAAAAUAGGUGAAGGUUCAUUUGGUGUUAUAUUUGAAGGUACUAAUAUCAUAAAUGGUGUUCCAGUAGCAAUUAAAUUUGAACCAAGAAAAACUGAAGCUCCUCAAUUACGUGAUGAAUAUAGAACUUAUAAACAUUUACAAGGUUGUGAAGGUAUUCCAAAUGCUUAUUAUUUUGGUCAAGAAGGUUUACAUAAUAUAUUAGUUAUUGAUUUAUUAGGUCCAAGUUUAGAAGAUUUAUUUGAUUGGUGUGGUAGAAGAUUUAGUGUUAAAACUGUUGUACAAAUUGCUAUUCAAAUGUUGACAUUAGUUGAAGAAGUUCAUCGUCAUGAUUUAAUUUAUAGAGAUAUUAAACCAGAUAAUUUUUUAAUUGGUAGACAGGGAUUAAUAGAUGAAAAUAAUGUUCAUUUAAUUGAUUUUGGUAUGGCAAAGCAAUACCGCGAUCCAAGGACUAAACAACAUAUUCCUUAUAGGGAAAAAAAGCUGUUGUCCGGUACUGCUAGGUAUAUGUCAAUUAAUACUCAUUUGGGUAGAGAACAACUGAGAAGAGAUGAUUUAGAAGCUUUAGGUCAUGUUUUUUUUUAUUUUUUAAGAGGUCAAUUACCAUGGCAAGGUCUUAAAGCUCCAACUAAUAAACAAAAGUAUGAAAAAAUUGGAGACAAGAAGAGAACUACCCCAGCAGUAACACUAUGUGAUGGUUUGCCACAGCAAUUUGCAGAGUACCUUGAUUCAGUUAGAAGUUUACCAUUCGACUCCGAACCUCCUUACGAAGAGUAUCGGAUGUUGCUUCUUUCUGUCCUUGAUGAUCUUGGUCAGAAUUGUGAUGGUGAUUAUGACUGGAUGCAUCUUAAUGGAGGUAAAGGUUGGGAUUCAUCAAUUAAUAAGAAACCAAAUUUACAUGGUUAUGGUCAUCCAAAUCCACCAAAUGAAAGGGAAAGAAGACAUAGAGAUCAAAGAAGAUCAAGACAUCAACAACAGCAACAACAACAACAGCAACAGCAACAACAACAGCAACAACAACAGCAACAGCAAUUGCAACAAAAUCAACAACAACAACAACAACAAUUAUUACCAACAAAUCCUCAACAAUAUAACCAAUUACAAAAUCCUCAACAAAUUUCAGCUGCUCAAUUACAUCAACAAAAAUUACAGCAUUUGGUUAAUAGACCGUUACCACCAAUUAAACAAGAAUCACAAGUUGGAAUGCCAUCAAAUGGGCAAAAUGAUUUAUUAAAAAACCAUGUUACUGAUCAAAAUGGUGGAAAAUAUGAAGGUUAUACUCAACAACAAAAUAGAACAGAUCAAUAUCAACAGCAACAAAUGGUCGAUGAAGAAGAAAAUAAAGGAUUUUGGUCAAAAUUAUGUUGUCGUUAA